AUGCCUAAACCGGCCGAGAGAGUUUUUAAAUUCGAAGCGUUGACUUCAUUUUGUUCAAAUUGGUCUGAAAUAUUCGGUUUGGUUUGGAAGGUAACAGACAACAUUUUCUGCAUGUUACAUCGGACUCUCUUGUGUCCGAGACGUCUCAAAUUUUUGCUAUCUGCUAGUAAUUACAAGCGGCACAUUGCUCAGGUUCACGCUUUCGUAAUUACUUCCGGUAAUUUACUAAAUGGAAGCUCCAUUAGUCGCGAUCUCGUUGCUUUAUAUGGACGAAUCGGGGAGAUCUCUUAUGCACGUAAGGUGUUCGACCAAUUGCCUCAGAGAAGUGUUUCUGUUUAUAACUCCAUGAUUGUGGUUUAUUCUCGUGGAAACAACCCGAAUGAGGUUUUGAAACUUUAUGAUCAGAUGAUAUCUGAAAGGGUUAAACCAGAUAGCUCAACGUUCACUAUAACGAUCAAAGCGUGUUUGAGUGGUAUGGCUUUAGAGAAAGGAGAAGCUGUAUGGAGUAAAGCAGUUGAAUUUGGGUAUAAAAAUGAUGUCUUUGUUUGUUCAUCUGUCUUGAAUCUGUAUAUGAAGUGUGGGAAAAUGAAUGAAGCUGAGGUUUUGUUUAGAAAGAUGACGAAAAGAGAUGUUAUUUGCUGGACAACAAUGGUGACAGGAUUUGCACAAGGUGGUAAGUCAAUGAAGGCUGUUGAGUUUUACAGAGAAAUGCAAAAUGAAGGAUUUGGUAGGGAUAGGGUUGUGAUGUUGGGUCUCUUACAAGCUUCUGGUGAUCUCGGGGAUCCGAAAAUGGGCCGUUCGGUUCACGGGUAUUUGAUUAGAACAGGUCUUCCUAUGAAUACUGUAGUUGAAACCAGCUUGGUUGAUAUGUAUGCUAAGGUUGGGUUUAUAGAGGUUGCUUUCAGGAUGUUUAGUAGGAUGAUGUUUAAAACAGCGGUCACGUGGGGGUCGUUGAUCUCUGGAUUUGCUCAAAAUGGAUUAGCCAAUUAUGCUUUUGAAGCAGUAUUAGAGAUGCAGAGCCUUGGGUUUCAACUGGAUUUAGCGACUCUUGUUGGAGUACUUGUGGCGUGUUCGCAAGUUGGGUCAUUAACGACUGGUAUAUCGGUACAUUGUUACAUUUUGAAAAGGCACGUUCUUGAUCGAAUAACCGCGACUGCACUGAUGGACAUGUACUCAAAAUGCGGCGCUCUUUCAAGUUCGAGAGUAAUCUUUGAACAUGUAGGAAGGAAAGACUUGGUUUGUUGGAACACAAUGAUAUCUUGUUAUGUAAUCCAUGGAAACGGUUAAGAAGUUGUAUCAAUGUUCCUCAAAAUGACGGAAACUAACAUAGAACCAGACCACGCCACGUUUGCAUCCCUUCUCUCUGCUCUUAGCCACUCGGGUCUCGUAGAACAAGGCCAACAUUGGUUCAGCGUCAUGAUAAACAAAUAUAAUAUUCAACCGAGCGAAAAACACUACGUUUGUUUGAUCGAUCUCCUCGCACGUGCAGGGAGAGUCGAAGAAGCUCUUGACAUGAUAAACUCGGCCAAACUCGACAAUGCUUUACCCAUCUGGGUUGCUCUUCUCUCAGGAUGCAUCAAUCACAGGAAUUUAUCAGUCGGGGACAUCGCGGCUAAUAAGAUUCUCCAGCUGAAUCCAGAUAGCACCGGGAUCCAAACGCUGGUUUGUAACUUUUUUGCAACUGCGAGAAAGUGGACGGAAGUGGCCAAAGUGAGGAAAUUAAUGAGAAAUGGGGCCAUGGAGAAAGUACCAGGCCAGAGUGUGAUUGAGAUGAAUGGACAGCUUAGAACUUUUCUCAUGGAGGAUUUGAACCACCAUGAGCAUGCUCACAUAUUGCAAGUGCUGAGAAACUUAAACUCUGAGAUGAAGAAUGUAUAUACAUCCAUUUCUGAAUGUGUUAUUUCCCAUUCGUAGUGCUGCCCUCUAAGAGAAAAAAAUGAAGUUGAAUUUAAAUAUCGGGUGGGUUCAAUGGUAAUAGUCUCUCAGCUGAGGAGAAAGGGACAAAUGAGGGCUAUACAAGAAUGGGGUCUUCCCGAGUUCAGACUCACCCACCUCGUCUUCUGCAUCACUCCACGCCCCAACAUGCCUGGCCCUGACCACCAUCACACCACGCUACUCAGGAUUCGUCACUCUUUCAUGCAUUUCGAGUACCAACAAGGAUGGUUUGACGAGCGCACUGCCAUCUGUCAGUUCAGGGACUUGGCUAAGGAAAACCACAACCGAGGUUACGACGCCAAUGUUCCGUGAGGUGCUUCGGAUGACGACUGAGGUUGCAGAUCGUCACAACUCACAAUGGUAAUGUUCGUCUCCUGCGGUUUACUUAUCGUGAGAGAAGACAUGAAGAUAUUGCACACCGUCGUUCUUCUUGAUCAAGCGACAGUUUCUGAUGCAAUUUUUUUUUAACAAUUGGUUUAAACUUUGAACUCAUUUGCUUCAGUUUUGUUUAUCUAUUCAUACUUGAUUUUAACUUGUGUUAAUUUUUUAAGUCAUUCGUUUUUCUGAAA